CAAGCAUGGCGGCAGCGGCGCUGGGCGGCUCGUCGUGUUCCGCGUCCCCGGCGGUGGCCGAGCUGUGCCAGAACACCCCGGAGACCUUUCUGGAGGCCUCCAAGCUGUUGCUCACCUAUGCGGACAACAUCCUCAGGAAAUUGCCCCACCGACACCAGCCUUUAGCAGCCAUCAACAUUGAGGCAAACCCUCCACCAGCAAAAAGAUUACAAUUCACUGAAAAUUCGUAUGGUAGUUAACAUUUUUUAGCAUUAAAGUAUGUUUAAUUAAGAAACCCUAAUGAUGAAAAAUAUAGAUCUAUCCGGAUUGGAAACACAGCUUUUUCUACUAGACUCUUACCUGUUAGAGGAGCCGUUGAAUGUUUAUUUGAAAUGGGCUUUGAAGAGGGAGAAACACAUCUUAUCUUUCCCAAAAAAGCUUCAGUGGAACAGCUGCAAAAAAUUCGUGACCUAAUUGCCAUAGAGAGAAGUAGCAGAUUGGAUGGAUCAAAUAAGAGUUACAAAGUUGAAUUAUCUCAGCAACCUGCAUCCAGGACCCAGCUUCCUGUAACACAGCCUUCAAAUCCUAGUGGGUUAACCCAGCAUGCAGGGAACAGUGAAGGACAGUCAUCAAAUCCACCAACUGCUUCAACGGUUACUACUGAUUCAGUCAUUCUAAAAGUUCUCCGGUCCAACAUUCAGCAUGUUCUGGUCUAUGAGAACCUUGCUCUCCAGGAGAAAGCACUGGCUUGUAUUCCAGUCCAAGAAUUAAAAAGGAGAUCUCAAGAAAAGUUAUCUAGAGCUAGAAAAUUGGAUAAAGGUACUAAUGUAAGUGAUGAGGAUUUUCUUCUGCUGGAGCUUUUACACUGGUUUAAGGAAGAAUUUUUUCAAUGGGUCAAUGACAUUUUGUGCAGCAAAUGUGGAGGCCAGACUAAGUCUAGAGGUGAAUCACUAUUCCCCAAUGAUGAUGAGAUGAAGUGGGGUGCAAACAGAGUAGAAGAUCAUUACUGCAGUGCAUGCCAGUUCAGCAAUCGAUUCCCAAGAUAUAAUAACCCUGAGAAACUUUUGGAAACAAGAUGUGGACGGUGUGGCGAGUGGGCCAAUUGUUUUACACUGUGCUGCCGAGCCUUAGGGUUUGAAGCUCGCUAUGUUUGGGAUUACACAGACCAUGUCUGGACAGAAGUCUAUUCUCCUUCUCAGCAGCGGUGGCUGCACUGUGACGCCUGUGAAGAUGUCUGUGAUAAGCCACUCCUUUAUGAAAUUGGGUGGGGCAAGAAGCUUUCCUAUGUCAUUGCAUUUUCUAAGGAUGAGGUGGUUGAUGUCACUUGGCGAUAUUCUUGUAAACAUGAUGAGGUAAUCUCCAGAAGAACUGAGGUUAAAGAAGAAUUACUUCGAGAAACUAUUAAUGGACUUAAUAAACAGAGGCAAAUAUCUCUGUCAGAAAACAGAAGAAAAGAACUUCUCCAGAGGAUUAUUGUGGAGCUUGUUGAAUUUAUAUCUCCCAAAACCCCUAAACCUGGAGAACUUGGUGGAAGAAUAUCUGGGUCAGUGGCUUGGAGAGUAGCCCGUGGUGAAAUGGGUCUAGAGAGAAAAGAAACCCUGUUCAUUCCCUCUGAAAAUGAGAAGAUUUCGAAACAAUUCCACCUUUGUUAUAAUAUUGUGAAAGAUUGUUAUGUCCGAGUUUCAAAUAAUAAUCAAACCAUUUCCGGAUGGGAGCAUGGUGUGUGGAAAAUGGAAUCCAUAUUCAGAAAAGUUGAAACAGACUGGAACAUGGUGUAUUUAGCCCGAAGGGAAGGAUCAUCUUAUGCUUAUAUUUCCUGGAAGUUGGAGUGUGGGUCAGUUGGCCUAAAAGUAGAUAGCAUUUCCAUUAGAACAAAUAGUCAAACCUUUCAGACUGGAACAAUACAGUGGAAAUUGCGAUCUGAAGCAGUUCAAGUAGAACUGUCAGGCGACAAAACUCUUCGCUCCUAUCAUGAUUUUUCUGGUGCCACUGAAGUUAUUUUGGAAGCAGAAUUAAGCAGAGGAGAUGGUGUUGUUGCUUGGCAACAUACCCAGCUGUUUAGACAAAGCUUAAAUGACCAUGAAGAAAAUUGUUUGGAGAUAAUUAUAAAAUUCAGUGACCUUUGAGAACCUGAACAUUAUAGAAAAGCCGGCAAUAAUCAAGGACUUACCAUGUUCUAAAGUAGUCUGUUGGUUCAGUGCAUGCUUAGUUGGCAAUUUACUACCCUCUGCUAGCAUAUUUCUUUUGCUGGCUAUCCAUCAUGUACCCCUCAUGAAAAUAUAUCUUUAUACUAUGGACCAUAAUGAAACCUUGAAUCAAAAGCUCCCUUCCAUAUGUGACUGUAAUUUGAAGUAAAGUCUUACUGCCUCAAUAUGAGAUUUUAAUUUAAAACUGUAAGUAUAAUUUUAAAAGUAAAAUGAAGGUAUUCAUGAUGAAAUGCUAUUCAUGAUUAUGAUAUAAUCUUAAGCUAAUAAUAGUAAUAUGAUGGUUUUUGAUCAGCCAUUAAUUUCUUCAUAAGUAAUUAGAUUUCCCAAGAUUUUUAAUUUUUAAUAAAUGUGAAAGUAUAGUAUCUCAUGAGUUAUAAUGCAUGAACAUUUUUAUGAUUGUAAAUACAUAGGUAUUUAAGAAAUAAAAUGAAUUAUUUUGCCUUAUAUCAUUUUAGUGUUUACUUUGGCUAAAUAAGAAUCUUUAUUAAAGGUAUGCUAAAUAUUGAAAAUUGUUGGAAUAGACGAAUGUUAGGAAAACAUUUAACAUUGACUGUGUAUAUUCAGAAAUUCAUUAUAAAUCCAUGUGUGGACAUUUCAGAAUAUGCUUUACUUUUGAGUUUACUUUUGAGUAUUUCUAUCUACCUCAUUGAAUAAAGAUCUGUUCCUGUCUUUGAAACUAUGUAACUAGAUUCUGCAGUAUAUGCUCAUCAAGAGUUUUUGGUGUGUCCAUAUAACCUCCCCAGUUGAAUUUAGUGAACAUUUAAGUGUUUGUGUUCAAGCAUUGUGAUACCACUGAAGGAGGCAAAGGUUAGAAGGACACAGUUCCUGUACUCUCACUCUUUGUAAUGUUCUGCAAAGUGAGUUCUUAACUCUUCAUACAAAAAAAGUACAUUCUGAGAGAUUCUUAUCCUGUGUAACUCCAUAGGAUAUUCAUGUGCAUUUAAAAAAAAAAAAGAUGCACUAAGAUGCUGAACAAAAUUCUUAUAUUUGUCUUUUAAUUAUAGUCAAACUGUUGAUCAGUUUCUUGCUAAAAAGUUACAUUUCAAAAAAAUUUUCCUGCAUCUAAAGGUAUGCAUCUUAAUAUUAAAAAGGUUUCUGGAAUUCUCCUGCAUUAAUCAUAGCUUCAUAUAGUGGCCAAAUACAUAAAAUUGGAGAGCCUUGACUCUACGUGUCUUGAGGUAUCUGGUAUUGACACAGGAGUAUUGUGAUUGAGCAGGUGGCCCAACCUUCUUAACCUCAUGAGAAAACCUAGAGAUUGGCAAGCAUAAAGAUGUAAGAAAAAUGUCAAUCUCAACUGAAUGUACCUUAUCUGUGAAAAGAGUACAUUCUAAUUUUUACUGUGGCUGUAAGCAGAAAAAUGGAGUUCAAAUGUCUUAUUUUUAUAGAUGUGAAAUGUUGAAAAGGAAAAGUGGUUCACACUUUUCUUACGUGUAUUCCAUGAGAGUCUCAACCCCAAGGGUACCCAAUACAUAAUAAUAGAUAUUUUAUUAUACAGAAAAUGUUGGCAAUAGUACAGAAAUCACGGAGCAAAGCAAUUCUUGGUAAUGUAUAAAGCUAAGUGACAGUAAACUGGUAAGGCCAAAUUGGCAAGGAAGGGCUGAUAGGAGAGCCAGCCUCAAACCGACACUUGUGUCAAAGCACAGUUUGUGUAGCCGUCCUCUGGGAUCCUCUCGCUUAGAGGAGUACAUGGUGUGCUGUGCUGAGAGUGACUGCCAGGGCAGGGCGGGUGUAACUGCACCACCUUCUGGAAACAGGCUCUGUCUGGUUGAGUAGCUUUCUACUGCCAUUGCUCAUUGUUUAAAAAGGCUGUUUACUCUGGCUUCAGUUCAGGUCCCAUCGUGGUAAUUUUACAGCCUGCUUUCUGUUACAGUGAGUUUGGGUAGAGAGUGGUUUAAAAAAGGACUUGUGCUGGAAUUCACAUUCUCAAGACGAACAAGAAGCUUACAACUGAUAAAAUUGUGAAUUUUAUCAGUUUGCAAGGAAAAGAAGUGCCUCAUGUUGAAGGAGGGUUAGAGAACCAUUUAUCAUGGACUUUUGGAAUAGGAAGCAUUGUUGGUGAUCAUUUCACCCUGAAUCCUCACUUCCCACUGAGGAAACUCAAACCCAGAGAAGUUAAAUGACCUAUGUAAACAAUGAGUUGCUGUUUUAGUGAGUGUUUCAUGAAUAUAGAUACUUCUGUAGGAAUGUUCAAGUUGAGGUGUUAAAAUUGAUAUUAGAAUCAAUGAUUUUUCUACCUAUAGGUAAGCUUUCCUAGAGAACAAAUCUACUGUAAUUUGAUGAUGGAUUGUCUAGAUACGGUUGCUUUGGUGUUUCUGUGAUAAUUUUUUAAAGACUUUUUUUUCCUCUGUAACAAUAAAUUGUAUGUUGAUUUUAUAGUCCAAGUGAAUACACUCUUCUAAGCUA